AUGAACGGCUUCGAAAAUAAGGACCUCGACGAGGAUUCCUUUGGGGAAAAGUCAAGUCUAUCAGGACUGAAGACAUUUGAUGCCUUCCCUAAAACAAAAGCUUCCUACACAACACCCUCCCACCGCGGCGGCCAAUGGACCGUUCUAAUCUUACUUAUAUGCACAGUCUUUGGAUUUCAUGAGCUCAAAACAUGGUGGAAAGGAACAGAACAGCACCAUUUCAGCGUUGAGAAAGGCGUCUCACAUCAGCUCCAACUAAAUCUCGAUAUUGUGGUCAAUAUGCCCUGCGAUACACUCCGAGUCAACAUCCAAGAUGCAGCCGGUGAUCGAAUCCUCGCAGGCGAGAUGCUGAAACGUGAUCCCACAAACUGGAAUCUAUGGAUGCAGAAGCGGAACUUCGAGUCUCAUGGCGAACAUGAGUAUCAGACCCUCAGCCAUGAGGCUGAGGAUCGGUUGGACGCGCAGGAGAAAGACGCGCAUGUGCACCAUGUUCUCGGCGAAGUGCGACAUAACGCGAGAAGGAAGUUUGCCAAGGGCCCACGCAUGCGCUGGGGUGACACUCCUGAUUCUUGUCGUAUCUAUGGUAGUCUGGAAGGAAACAAGGUGCAGGGUGAUUUCCAUAUCACUGCGCGUGGACAUGGCUAUAAUGAGAUGUCGCCCCAUUUGGAUCAUAGCGCUUUCAACUUUUCGCAUAUGAUUACUGAGCUUUCUUUCGGCCCCCACUACCCAUCCCUUCUCAAUCCACUAGACAAGACUAUCGCCGAGAGUGAAAGCCACUAUUACAAAUUCCAAUACUUCCUCUCAGUCGUGCCAACCUUGUACACAAAAGGUAAGGGUGCAUUGGACGCCUACACACGAGCGCCAGGCGCUGCGGCAUCUCGCAGUGGCCGGAACACGAUCUUCACAAACCAGUAUGCGGCAACAAGCCAAUCUGGCGCGAUCCCUGAGACACCAUACUUGGUCCCGGGCAUUUUCUUCAAGUACAAUAUCGAACCAGUUCUACUGUUGAUCAGCGAGGAGCGAACUGGCUUCCUUGCAUUGUUGAUUCGCUUGAUCAAUACUGUCUCCGGUGUGCUUGUAACUGGUGGAUGGAUCUAUCAGAUUUCAGGCUGGGCGACUGAGUUUAUUGGAAGACGUAGGAGGGGACGCUCUGAGGGUGUAUUGACAGGCAAGCAUUAUUCGGAUUGA